AUGAGCGGAGGUCGCUUUGAGUUUGACGAUGGCGGGGCAUACUGUGGUGGUUGGGAAGGUGGCAAAGCCCACGGGCAUGGAAUUUGCACUGGACCGAAAGGACAGGGGGAGUUCUCGGGCUCCUGGAAUUACGGAUUUGAGGUGGUCGGAAUUUACACUUGGCCAAGUGGAAACACAUACGAAGGAUAUUGGUCUCAAGGCAAGCGCCAUGGUUUGGGAGUUGAAACUAAGGGACACUGGGUCUACAAAGGAGAGUGGACUCACGGCUUCAAGGGUAGAUAUGGCACGCGCAUUAGCCUCGGCAGCGGGGCGAAGUACGAAGGUACUUGGAAUAACGGAUUACAAGAUGGAUAUGGAACAGAGACAUAUGCUGAUGGAGGCACUUUCCAGGGGCAGUUCACAGGCGGCAUGCGGCAUGGUUACGGUGUGCGUCAGAGUGUCCCCUAUGGUAUGGCGGCAGUUGUGCGUUCCCCUCUGCGUAACUCACUUACCUCCCUGCGCAGCGAGCACAGCAAUGGUACUCUGCUGCAACAAGAUGUCCCGGUCAUCACCACCACCAACGCGGCAGGCCAGGAGACUGUGGUUACCCCUUCCACUCCCAUAGGCCCAGCCCGUGGUGGUUUUGCCCUCACCCUGCAGGUGGACCCAGAAGCCGUCAAACCAAAGAAGAAGGGUCUGUUUCGCCGUGGUUCACUGCUGGGGAAGCUGAAGAAGUCUGACUCACGUACCUCGCUUUCCAGCCAGAAGAGCAAGAUCAGCUUCUUACGCAGCGAAUCUGCCCUCAGCUCCACUGCCAGUGACGCCAACUCCACCAUCAGCCUGGGUGAGAGCGAGGGUGAAGGGGAGGGCCAGGAAUUCCCUCCGGUGGAGGCUGAUAUUGAUGCCACCACCACCGAGGUCUACAUGGGGGAGUGGAAGAACGACAAACGCUCGGGCUACGGCAUCAGUGAGCGCUCUAGUGGCUUGAAGUACGAAGGAGAAUGGCUUGACAACCAGCGACAUGGCUAUGGCUGCACCACCUUUGCAGAAGGUGGCAAAGAGGAAGGCAAGUACAUGAACAACAUGUUAGUGAAGGCAGUGAAGAAGAGGAUGAUCCAACUGAAAGGCACAAAGAUAAAACAGAAGGUGGAGCGCAGCGUGGAAGGAGCACAGCGGGCAGCUGCCAUCGCCAAACAGAAGGCGGAAAUCGCUGCCUCCAGGACAGCUCAUGCUAAAGCUAAAGCAGAAGCAGCUGAACAGGCUGCCCAGGCUUCCAACGCUGAAUCCAGCGUCGCCAGGAUGGUCGCCAGGGAGCUCUCACCUUCCUUCUAUCAACCAGGCCCAGAGUACCUUAAGAAACGAGCCCUGCAGGAGAUUGUGGAAAGCAAUGAGAAUGCAGACACGGUGAUGCAUGAGCCACUUUUAGCUGAGGAGUCUCCACCAACACCUCCAGAGAGCCCUUCUGCACAAGAAAUGGACAGCCUGAGACCGAAUUCUACUCCGGCCCGCACCCCGUCCCCAACCCCUGGCAUCACCCCUCCAGAGUCCCGACGCUCCAAACAGAGCUCCAGCAAAGAAGACUCCCAUCUCCUGAGCCCCGGGAGCUGGAAUGGAGACAAAACCAGCCGGGGUAGUGGUAGCAGGGGCAGCAGCCGGGCAGGUAGCCGACCAACCACUCCAUCCUCUGCACCUGCUUCAGCUGCUGCCCCUGCUGCCAUGGAGGACCGGCCUGCUUCCAGCAACCGAGGCCCAUCGCGCACCCCGAGCCGCCAGAGCACCAAGGCCGAACAAGGCUCUGACUUGGAGAUCAUGCCACUGCAGAAGAUGGACUUGGAACCCAAGGAGGCUGAAGCAGCCCCAGCCACUCCAGUAAGGACCAGCCUCGUCUCCACCACAGACGAAGAAGAGCCUCCCCGCCCUCCCUCUAAAGUAUCUUCCAAAGCAGUCACCCCUGAACCCAAGGCGGCUGAGCCCAAACAUAGAGCUGAAUCUGUCCAAGAGCGCCCCCACUCUGGUGUGGAGAGCGAACCAGUACUUAAGGCUGAGGUCAAGGAAGAAAAGAAACCAGCUAACAAAGUGGAACACAAACUGCCACCAAAACGAGAACCCAGCCCAGCACUAAGAGCUACCCCCAAGCCUGAGCACAAACCAGUGCUUAAACCAGAACCUAAAGCUGUUGCCAAGCCAGCUGUCAAACCAGCAACUAAAGCUGAGUCUAAAAGUGAGAUGAGGCAGAGGCUUGUAGUCAAAGCCCCCAGUGAAGUGCUAGAGGCCACAGAGGUGGAUGAGGGGCCUAACACAAUCAUGAUUUCCAUGGUCAUUCUGCUGAACAUUGGUCUGGCUAUUCUCUUUGUUCACAUCCUGUCCUGA